CCGGAUUUGAACCGGGGACCUCUUGAUCUGCAGUCAAAUGCUCUACCACUGAGCUAUACCCCCUUCUGAAAGAAGCUAACGACAUAUAAUAAUUUUAUUGUUUGACAAACGUUCGGGCAAGAAACAAAAAGGUGGGGUGGAGCAGUAUAUCUUUCAAAGCUACCUUCUACCGUACGUUUUGAAACUCCAAGCGCACAAGAUGGCGGAUAUGCAGUUCGACCAGCGUCCAGCUAAUGGCGCCGCGACACGGCCAUACGACAAAAGACGGACGGGUAAAAGUAUCGAACAUUACAUUAUCGAGAUACAUUUUAAGAACUUCUAAUUAUCUCCCGCUUGUUUACGUGGACUGCUGAACACUUCGGCUGCUUUAUCAUACCGUAAUUUACCAACUUUACCAAAUGUUAACUCACCCAUGACGUUUACUUUCUCUUAUUCCCCCCCCCCCCCCCAAAAUAAAUAAAAUUAGCUUAGCAGAGUGUGAUGUCACAGUUUUCAAAAUUGGUGGAAAGUCGACGGCCCCGCCUACUUGUGACGUUGCAGGCGUCUAUUAAAUGCGUGUGAGGAGCUCGCUCCAUUCAUCUUCCACCUCAUCUUCCACUUUUCUCUUUUUUGGGGGGAGGGAGAGAAUGAAUCCGCCGUGUGGGAGAUGCACCAAACCGGUUUACCCCACGGAGAAAAUCAACUGCCUUGAUAAGUACUGGCACAAAGGCUGUUUCAGCUGUGAUGUGUGCAAGAUGGCGCUGAGCAUGAACAACUACAAAGGCUUUGAAAAGCGGCCUUACUGCAGCAUGCACUAUCCCAAAACCUCCUUCACCAUCGUGGCCGACACCCCGGAGAACCUGCGCCUCAAGCAGCAGAGCAUGCUCAACAGCCAGGCCCUCUACAAGGAGGAAUUUGAGAAGAACAAGGGCAAAGGUUUCAGCGUGGUGGUGGACACUCCGGAGAUGCAGAGGCUGAAGAAGACACAAGAGCAGAUCAGUGACAUCAAGUAUCACGAGGACUUCGAGCGGAGCAAAGUACGAAGUGACGCGCCGCUCCCGGAAAAUAGAACCGUCGAGCCAAGCAGAUGCACAGAUGCGCCCUCCUGCUACUGUGGCGCCAUCUGGCGGAGAGAAGCGCUACCAGGCCAUGUACAGCUACACGGCGGCAGAAGCAGACGAGGUUUCCCUGCAGGAGGGCGACCUCAUCGGGGACGUGGAGCUCAUCGACGAGGGCUGGCUGUUUGGCAGCAACCAGCGCACGGGCCAGCGGGGCAUGCUGCCCGCAAAUUACGUGCGGCCUGUGUAAUGGCACAAAGAGGUCACUCACCUGUUAUCGCUACCUGGAAUCAGAAGUUUUCAAUCUUCACUUUCAGGAUCAGCGGUCAACCAUGUAUCCCACAGGGUGUCCUCCAGAUUACUGUAGGCUACAUUGGAUCGAUAGAAACAAACAAAAAAAAGCUGUUAUCAAAAUUGGUCUGUUUUGACAACACUACAAAGUGAUUUUAAAAAUAAAUAAAUAAAUCUCACCCCCCCCCCAAAAAAAAAACAA